GCUGAGGGGGCCAUUAUGGUCAAUCGGGGCACAAGACUUAGAACUCCUUUAGCUUUUCCACACUCCCGAAGAAAAACCGACCAUAUAAAAUUUGGAGAGCCCUCAGAUUCCUCAACCCCUCUCUUCGUUGGUGCUUCUUUCUCACACAGAGAGGCCGAUCUCUUCAUUUUCGCGUCUCUCUCCUUCUUCCGGCGAUCUGACACACGUCGUUCAAGAAUGGGGGUUUUCAAUCAAUUUAGAAUCUGGGUAUUGACCAUCUGCUGGGUAUUCCAAUCCGGGUAUGGGUUUUACCUCCCGGGUAGUUACCCUCACAAAUACGGUGUCGGUGACGAUUUAUGGGUGAAAGUGAAUUCCCUUACUUCCAUCGAUACGGAAAUGCCCUUUAGCUAUUACAGUUUGCCGUUUUGUACGCCCGAUGGGGGUAUCAAGGACAGUGCUGAGAAUCUUGGCGAGCUUAUAAUGGGGGAUCGGAUUGAAAACUCUCCGUAUCGGUUCAAUAUGUACAAGAAUGAGACUGAGAUCUUUUUGUGCAAGUCCGAUCCAUUAUCGGCUGAAAAGUUUAACAUUUUGAAGGAUAGAAUUGAUGAGAUGUAUCAGGUUAAUUUGAUUCUUGAUAAUUUGCCUGCAAUUCGGUAUACUACAAAGAAGGAGGGUUAUGUUUUGUGGUGGACAGGGUACCCUGUUGGAGUUAAGCUUCAAGAUGUUUACUAUAUAUUUAACCAUUUGAAGUUUAAUGUACUCGUUCAUAAGUAUGACGAGACCAAUGUAGCACGUGUAAUGGGGACUGGUGAUGCACCUGAUAUGAUCCCAUCAGUUGGGAAGACGGAAUCCAAUGUGCCCGGGUACAUGGUUGUUGGAUUCGAGGUGAUACCUUGCAGUGUUACGCAUAAUGUUGAUUCAGUGAAGAAUUUGAAAAAAUAUGGCAAGUACCCCACUGCUGUGAAAUGUGAUCCCAACACUGUGUCUAUGCCAAUCAAGGAAGGGCAGCCAAUAGUCUUCACGUAUGAGGUCACAUUUGAGGAGAGUGACAUUAAAUGGCCGUCACGUUGGGAUGCUUAUUUGAAGAUGGAGGGAUCGAAAGUCCAUUGGUUCUCCAUUUUGAAUUCUCUAAUGGUGAUCACCUUCCUUGCUGGUAUUGUUCUCGUCAUUUUCCUGAGGACUGUUAGGCGGGAUCUGACCCGUUAUGAGGAGCUUGACAAGGAGGCACAAGCACAGAUGAAUGAGGAGCUAUCUGGAUGGAAGCUUGUUGUGGGGGAUGUUUUCCGUGCCCCAACUAAUCCUUCCCUUUUGUGUAUCAUGGUUGGAGAUGGGGUUCAGAUUCUUGGAAUGGCUGUUGUUACAAUAUUGUUUGCAGCUCUUGGAUUCAUGUCACCAGCAUCACGUGGAACACUUGUUACAGGUAUGCUAUUUUUCUAUAUGAUACUUGGUAUUGCAGCUGGUUAUGUUGCUGUUCGUCUGUGGAGGACAAUUGGCGGUGGCGAUCACGAUGGAUGGGUUUCAGUCUCAUGGAAAGCUGCUUGUUUCUUCCCUGGUAUUGCCUUUUUGAUCCUCACCACUUUGAAUUUCCUCUUGUGGGGAAGUCACAGCACAGGAGCCAUUCCAUUUUCUCUUUUUGUCAUCCUGCUUCUCCUCUGGUUCUGCAUCUCAGUACCACUUACCUUAGUUGGCGGAUACUUUGGGGCAAAGGCAUCUCCUAUUGAAUUCCCUGUUCGAACGAACCAGAUUCCUCGGGAAAUACCAGCUCAGAAAUAUCCUUCUUGGUUACUUGUUCUAGGCGCUGGCACCCUUCCUUUUGGCACCCUUUUCAUUGAGCUCUUCUUUAUAAUGUCUAGCAUUUGGUUGGGCCGUGUAUACUAUGUUUUUGGGUUCCUCUUUAUUGUUUUGAUUCUCCUCGUGGUGGUUUGUGCUGAAGUAUCUUUGGUUUUGACCUACAUGCAUCUCUGUGUGGAGGACUGGAAAUGGUGGUGGAAGUCAUUUUUUGCUUCUGGUUCUGUUGCCAUAUACAUCUUCUUGUACUCUGUUAACUAUCUCGUAUUCGACCUGAAGAGUUUGAGUGGACCUGUCUCAGCCACUCUUUAUUUGGGAUAUUCGCUCUUCAUGGUUGUAGCAAUCAUGCUGGCAACGGGCACAGUCGGGUUCCUUUCAUCAUUCUGGUUCGUGCAUUACUUGUUCUCUUCAGUGAAGCUUGAUUGAAGAACAUCCUCUGCUCAAAAGAGCACUUUGAAGAGCAUUGUUGGUCAUUCGAGGAGACAAAGAAUGUGACCCUUCAAAGAUGUUCCAUGGUGUCUACUUUUCUACAGUUUAUUUUGCUAGGGAACUAGGAAAUGUAAUGACAAUAAUUUGUCCAGAUUUGCUUAAUUCUUUAUUAGCUGGAAAUCAUGCCAUGAUGCUUGCCACCAAAGUUUAUUUGCGUUCUGGGGGACAGGAGGCAUCAGUAUUUGGUGGUAGUUCGUAUGGGAUCCUAGUGUAAACUUUUGGAGUUCAGAUCUGUUUGGUUUGAAAUGUUAAAGGUACAAUAUUUUU